AUGAGCCCCCAGGCCUCACCCACUCUCCUGGAGCUGGCCAUGCAGAAUCUGCUUAGGAAGGAGGCACUGGCCAUUUCUGCCCUGGAGGAUCUGCCUGGGGAGCUCUUCCCACGACUGUUCAAGGCAGCAUUUGUCAACAGACAAACAGACAUCUUGAAGGCCAUGGUGCAGGUCUGGCCCUUCCCCUGUCUUCCCCUGGGGGCCCUGAUGAAGACAAAGACAGUUCAUACGGAAACCUUACAAGACAAGGUAGUUCCCAUGGAAACUUUACAAGUCAUCCUGGAUGGGCUGGACUUGUUGCUUGCUGAGAAAACUCGUCCCAGGAGGUGCAAACUGCAAGUGCUAGAUUUACGUAGUGAGCACCAGAACUUCUGGAAGGUAUGGGCUGAAAAUACAGCAGAUAUCUGCUCAGCAGAGGCCAAGAGUAGGAAGCAAGCCCAGCAGACCCGUCCAGGGAUGGGGACCAAGCAGCCCUUGCAGGUGUUUGUAGACGUGCACCUCACACAGAGAGUCUUGGAUCCAUUCUUCAACAUCUUUGUGUGGGCAGAGGAAAGAAAAGGUUUGCUCCAGCUGAGCUGUAAGAGGUUGAAGAUUUCAACAGUGACCAUCCAGAGAGCCACAAAGGCCCUGGGCCUGCUGGACCUGGGCUGCGUGCAGGAGGUAGAAGUCCAGUGCACCUGGAAACUGGCCACCUUGGCUGCCUUUGCUCCCUACCUGGGCCAGAUGAAGAGUCUUCGCAGGUUCUUUCUCUCCCAUGUCCAAGUACCUGUCUCCAUUUCCCCAGAGGAGAAGGAGCAGUUUGUCACCCAGUUCGCCUCUCAGUUUCUCAACCUGAGCUGCCUCCAAGAGCUCUUCUUAGCCUCUGCCUCCUUUCUCGAAGGCUGCCUGGCCCAGAUGCUCAGGUGCCUAAAGGCCCCCUUGGACGCCCUGUCAAUUACUGACUGCCAGCUUUUGCAGUCAGACUUGGAUGAUCUGUCCCAGUGUCCGAGCAUCCAUCAGCUGAAGCAUCUAAACCUGAGUGGCGUCCAACUGACCCAUUUCAGUCCUGAUCCACUCCGUGUUCUGCUAGAGAGAGUCGCGGCUACCCUGCAGACCCUAGACUUGGAGGGCUGUAGGAUUGAGGACUCUCAGCUGAGUGCCCUUCUGCCUGCUCUGUGCCGCUGUGUCCAGCUCACUACAUUCAACUACUUGAAGAACUCAGUAUCUGUGGAGGGCCUGGAGCACCUGCUGCGCCACACUGCCAGGCUGAGCCGCUUAAGCCUGGAGAUGUAUUCUGUCCCGUGGGAGAUCUACCGGGUCCAGGGAGCAGGGCACCGUAGGAGGCUGGAGCAGCUUCGGGAUGAGCUGAGGAGAACUGUGGUUCUGUUAGGGCAUCACAAAACAAUCUGGUUCAGUAUUAUUCCCUGUCCUCCCUAUGAAAGAAGAGCUAUCCAUGAGCCUGAGCUCAGGCAGCUUCAGGACUAUAACCCUGCCUAG